UUCUUUUGUGUCUGGGUUUUUUUUCAGGUGUCACUGGUGUUGGCAUAAAGCAUGAGGGGUUUCUUGUGUCAGUGACACUGACGAGCCUUGCAUGUGUAAUGGCAGUAUGGAAGAGAGACGGAUAGAUUUGAAUAGCAAUAAGGUCGAGUCAAAGAGGGUCUUGAGAAGUACCAGCAAGGUUCUCAGCACCCCAGGGAAACAAACCCACAUCCCUGGAGCCUUCCCUAAGAGGUUCAGCAGUCUGUGCCACAGCAGGACCAUGGUCUGAAGGCGGGUCUCAAGGAGAGCAUAUGGGGUCUUCAGGUAGCUGUUCAGCCAAGUGUGUAUUGCUGGCAUUAAAUAGCCCUGCCUGAGAUGAGAACUCAUAGCAUCAGGAUUGAUAAGUGAAAAACAUCAACAAAUUCAGGACAUGCAGCAACAGUGAGCAGGAUUUCUGUGAACAGUUUGGCCAUUCAUUAACAAAAAGAAAAUAUUUGUCAUCACUUUUCCCCAGAAUGUUUUUGCAAUGGCAGCUGCUACCUGAGCUGGUAUUUGUGUUGCUGAGCAAGUGAGCAGCAUCCUCAGGAAAUAAACACACAGGCAGGUGUGCAACCAUGCUCAUUUGCUGCUUUUUGAGGGCAGGAGCAGGGUGAUGUAAUUAGCAGACACAUGUUUAAAUUUUUAAUUAAGAGUUUUAAUGGAUUAUUCACUGCCUACCAGAACACACAUGCUCUUACUUUCUCACUUUUUCAGCCUGGGUUCCUAAGGAAACCAGGCUUAGUCAGUCAUGCUGCCUGCCUGCCAGCCAGCCUUCCUUCCUAAUCAGUGUUGAACUCUUUCGGGUUCAUGGCAGGCAAACACCACUUUUCUGGUAAAAUCAUGACUGCAUCACAACACAGUGGUAGGAAAAGGCCUGAGCAGCUGCUGCAGAGUUUAGCAGUAAGCACAAAUAGAUUUUUUCCAGGAACCAGGCCGAGCCUCCAGCAAAAUCAGCAUGGGCAGAGGGAGGAAGGCAUGGGAGGAAAGAAGGGGAAGAAAAAAAAAAAAUCCUGAUGGGUUGACCACAGCUUCCACAGACCCCCUCUGUCUUACUUACUGUUCAAAGAGCCAUUUUUAACAUUGUUUUUUUAGUCUGGUGCCACUGCUGGUGCAGUGAUACUCCUCAUGGCACCUCUGUGAAACAAGUAACAAUGUUGGGCUGAAGGGCAGGAAACAGAAAGACCCACUGGACUCCAAGAGUUCUAAGUGUUCACACAAGUUAUUUUCUACUGCUUGUAAAUUCAUGGUAUUAUUUCCAGGACAUCUGUAUACUCCUCAAUGGUUCAUGUAUAGGAAGGCUGGAGGUCUAAGAAAGAGAGUUCCCAAAAAGUCCAUAGCAGUGUUCUUAUCCCUGGGAGAGUGGAAAUCAUGUAAGAUUAUCCAUUUUCUCCAUCCAUGGUUCAGUAUCAUUAAUGGUAGGUUUGAUUCCUGCAAGAAUUCACCAUUUCUGCUCUUCUGUGAAGGAAAAGGAGUUAACAUUUUUUGCUGAGAUCAUCAGUCCUUAAAAGCUGUGGAGAUUUUGAGAGGAACAGCCUGUCAGGAAGCAGCCAGAGCUGGCUGUCUGCAAGGAAAGGUGAGCUGGAAGCUGAGCACACCAACACAGCCAGCAGGGCAGGAUCCCAGCUGUCCCAGCCCCAGGUGAGCCAGGCAGGGAUCAGGCACAGUGCAGGGAGCAGGGAUCAGCACUGCCCUGUGAGCACCAGGCAGUUCCUGCUGAAAGGCAGGACUGACACCAGGCUGGAGUCAGCUCCAGAGCACUGGGUUAAAGGCAGGACAGGCAUGGCUGCAGGACAGGCAUGGCUGCAGCACAGCAGGAGCUUUAGCUCACAGGGGCUGCUGGAAGGGCUUAGCUUAGGAGCAGGUCCCUCAGGAGGGGUAUCAGCCCUGGCUGUGCCCGAGGCAGGGGGCAGCUCUCAGCUCUGCCAGCUGCAAGCUGGCCCUGAGCCCAGGCAGCCCAACAGCCAGGAGGGGACUCAGGGCCCUCACACAGGGCCCUCAUCUCUCUGUUUGCCCUUGCUGAAACAUGCACUAAGUCAGAAAGUUGCUAUGUGGUGUGGAAUGGUCCCUGAUGGCUUUAAAUCCCAUAAUUUUCCCUUUUGGAUUUAGGCUUGCCAGAUGUAACUGCUGCUUGCUGCCUGGUGGUCCAGCAAAUGAUUUUUCCAAACCUUCGGGGUCUGACAAAAUCAUGAGGCCACUCAGCACCUGCUGGUGAACCUUCUGGUGGGUAUGGGAUGGAGAGCACCCUGUGUUUGGGCACAAUGUGAGAUGGAUGACCACCUGAGGAGUCCAACUGCAGUGUCAUCAAUAUUGAAGCACAGAAGCUGAUCAGCCAGAAGUUAAGCACGUUGUUACAGCCAAACAAAAAUAGAAACUAAAACCAGAAAAAAGACAACAAACCCAAACUAAAUACCAAGCUCUUUCUGCACAGUUUAAGUGGGGAAAGUGAUUCCACUUCAGCCAUGCAGCCCCUGUGCCCUGAAGGCUCCACAAACACACCUGGCAGCAGGACUGGGGUCUUACCUGGGCUCUGAUCUCUCAGACAGUCCCAGCACAGUAUAAAAAACCUGAAUGUUGCAUAGCAAAACUGGCAGGGAACUCCUAGCACCAAAAUGCAAGAAGAUUCUUGUCCCAUAAUUGGGAUCUGCAUAUUUGUCUUGAUUGUUUUGCAAAAUACCUCAGUGAAACUACAAAGGAUAUAUUUGACACCUAUAGCUGACAGGCUUUUUCUACACCACUUACCACAGCAAUGUUUGUGUGCCUUCUGUGCUAUUUGCUAGAAUUCUCCAUGCAUUAGCACAGUUUACAAUCACUUUCAUUUUCGUUGCUGUGGCACUCAGCUCCUGGGUGAGGUUGUUUAUUAAUUCCUUCCCCUGAGGUGCCUGCAGGUAACACUUUGUUCUGCACUGGCACCAUCCUGCCCCAGCUGAGGGUCCUUCUGUCUGCUCUGUUCCCAGUGCUUCAGCUGGGCUCUUGGUUUGUGUCAGAGCUUCUGCUUAAACUCCAGGGCACCCUCCCCACUGGUGUCUCUGCCAGAGCUGCUGUUUGAAGGGAUGUGGGAGUCUGGUUCAGACCACAGCACUGGAGAAACAGUCUUGGAGCCUUAGGACCUCUCCCCCAUCCCCCAAAUCAUUUCUGGAGAUAAAGUGUUGAACACAAGUGUUGGAGGAGGAAAGAGAAGUUAUUCUUGUUAUGACUCUUCUCAACUUACUUACAGAAUACAACUGGGAUCUUAAACUUGUUACUGCACGUUUUGCUGGUAAUCUGCUUUGUUUAGAUUGUUUACAUUAUUUUAGUAGCCUAUAUAUAAACCAUAUAUCAUUGCACCAGAAAUAUGUGUGCAUAUGCAUGUGUGAGCACGUCUCUACAAUUUUAUAGAGAUAUGAAGUUAUUUGGUUGGUUUCUAAUAUAAAAGUUGGCUUCUUAGAUUUUUAGAUGUAGUGCCAGCUUUUCAAGGUCCUGGAUUAAAAUAAUUUUAUUAAUUUAGGAAUAAGAUUGCAUUAGACUUACAGGAAAAUUUUAAGACAAAAAUGCAAAAUACAGCAUUGAAUUGAAAAUAUAAGAUACAUUUUGCCAUCUUCUGUCUAUUUCAAGACCUAUAAAAUGGAAAAACAUUUGAAACCUAACAACAACAACAAAUGAACAAACACCAAACUUGGAAAUCAGCAGCUGGUAGAGGAAAAAAUAAAAAACAUCUUCUUCUAGGCUUCCUUUCUACAGAAAAGCAUAUAUCAAGGGUUGAAGUAUAAGAGAAUAGGAAUUUUUGGCUGGAGUUCAGACUGGUUCUAAUAAUGAUCCUUUCAAAAGAUUAUUUGAAUUCUUACAGCCAAAAAUAUUUGCCAGUCUUUUUCCAUGCGAAAUGCUAUAAAUCAAAAGGCAAUGGAUAUGGUAAAAUGUCCUGAAAGUAUAUAGAUGAGUUUUCCAUUGAGCAUCCCAAAUCCUGAAAAUGUCACAGACUCUUUAAUUCACCCUUGCUAGCACUUUCCAUGGAGCACUGUUCACGUACUCAGAUAUUUGCAGUGGCAUUUUUGUUCAUGGCAAACCCUUGCAAAAUGUAAGGUUUUCUUUUCCCUGGCAGUGCAAUAUGCAAAUACACUCCACUGAUGCAAAACUGAGCCCACUUAGUGCAGCUUAUCAUACUGAAAUAGCCUCAUCAGUGCAAACACCCAGCAUCCUCUUACCCAGGCUGUAAUAAGAUCUCAAUGACAUAUACACGGGUUUGUAGGAUCAGAUUAUUAUUUGUGUUACAUUAAAGUCCUGCUCUAUCUGGCAGGCCAAGUUAUGGCACUGCUCAUGACAUUUAGUUACCAAGAAGACUUGAAGAUGCAGUGCAUCUCUCUGGGAGGGCAUUAACAGCCCUGAGCAGUCUCAGCUGGAGCAUCCCCACCACCCCAGCUCAUCCCUGGGCUCUGGAGCAGGAGCUCAGCUGCAGCCUGGCCUGUGCCUGCCCAUGGGAUCUGUUUCCUCACCCCAGUUCUGCAGCUUGGCCUUGGUUUUGGCCCUGCCAAGGAUCACUGGACCCAGUACAGACCCUGCCAGCCUGACCUGGACCUGCCUCAUCACCACAGACUCGCCUGGUUGCAACAAACUUUCUUUUAAGGACGGGCCGGUGUCAUCAGGGAUGAACCCCUUCUACGUUUUGGUAACAGUAACAUAAUUUGAAAGUUUCAGUCAGCAGGUAUUUCUCUGCUUUUUCUGACUCCUCAGGGUGGAUAUUUUUGACAUGUUUCCAAGCAGUGUGUGGAAUCCUUCCAUUUGUGUUUGAGGUGUGAACAACCUCUGAAAGAUCUGCUAAAAGGAUAAGGAGGAACCUCUAUGGGUAACUCUUGGCUGGAAACAAUUACUGGUCAACCAUGGUAAAACUUGCCAACCCUCUUUAUACGGAGUGGAUUCUGGAAGCUAUACAAAAAGUUAAAAAGCAAAAGCAAAGGCCUUCUGAAGAGAGAAUAUGUCACGCUGUUUGUGCUUCCCAUGGAUUAGAUAAGAAGACUGUUUCAGAGCAGUUGGAACUUAGUGUUCAAGAUGGUUCUAUUCUUAAAGUCACUAACAAAGGUCUUGCAUCCUACAAGGACCCAGAUAAUCCUGGACGGUUUUCAUGUGUUAAACCUGGCACUAUUCCUAAAUCUGUUAAGGGAUCUAGAGGAGCUUGUAAUGAGCUUCGUAAUGUGGAUUGGAAUAAACUCUUGAGAAGAGCAAUUGAAGGGCUUCAAGAACCUAAUGGCUCCUCCCUGAAAAACAUAGAGAAGUAUUUGAGAAGUCAAAAUGACCUAGCAAGUAUUUUCAACAAUCCUGCCUUUCAGCAGAGGUUGCGGCUGGGGGCCAAACGUGCUGUGAACAAUGGGAGGUUACUGAAGGAUGGUCCUCAGUACAGAGUGAAUUAUGGCAGUUUGGAAAGCAAAGGAGCUGCAAAAUACUCCAGCACCUUCCCAGCUUCCCUUCCGCCUGUCAGCCUAUUACCCCAUGAAAAAGACCAGCCACGAGCUGAUCCCAUCCCGAUAUGCAGCUUUUGCUUGGGAACAAAAGAAUCAAAUCGUGAAAAAAAACCAGAAGAGCUCUUGUCUUGUGCAGAUUGUGGCAGCAGUGGACAUCCAUCAUGUUUGAAAUUCUGUCCUGAGUUGACAACAAAUGUGAAGGCCCUGAGGUGGCAGUGCAUUGAAUGCAAGACAUGCAGCGCCUGUAGGAUCCAAGGCAAAAAUGCAGAUAACAUGCUUUUUUGCGACUCCUGUGAUCGAGGGUUCCACAUGGAGUGCUGUGACCCGCCACUGUCCCGAAUGCCAAAAGGGAUGUGGAUUUGCCAGGUCUGUAGACCAAAGAAGAAAGGGAGAAAGCUGCUUCAUGAGAAAGCUGCACAAAUAAGGAGACGAUAUGCAAAACCUAUUGGACGACCGAAAAAUAAAUUAAAGCAACGAAUGUUGUCUGUAACCAGUGAUGAAGGAUCCGUGAAUGCAUUCACAGGAAGGGGGUCACCUGGUAGGGGUCAAAAGACUAAAGUCUGUACCACACCUUCAUCUGGUCAUGCUGCAUCUGUGAAGGAUUCAAGCAGCAGAUUGCCUGUUACAGACCCCACUCGGCCUGGUGCCACCACCAAAAUCACCACCACCUCCACCUACAUAUCUGCCUCUACACUUAAAGUUAACAAGAAAACCAAAGGUCUCAUUGAUGGCCUUACUAAGUUCUUUACACCAUCACCUGAUGGUCGCAGAUCACGAGGUGAAAUAAUAGACUUUUCAAAGCAUUAUCGUCCAAGGAAAAAGGUCUCUCAGAAACAGUCAUGCACUUCUCUUGUGUUGGCUACAGGUACCACACAAAAGCUAAAACCUCCACCUUCUUCACUUCUACCCCCAAUCCCCAUCUCUGGUCAGAGCCCCAGUUCUCAAAAAUCCAGCACUUCGACAACUUCUAACUCUCCCCAGAGUUCUUCCAGUCAGUCAAGCAUACCUUCCUUUAGCAGCCUCCCUAGUAGCAGUCAGCUAAAGGGACUCUUUGAUGGACUCUCUCAUAUCUAUGCCACUCAGGAACAGUCUCGUAAAAAGGGUCACCCAAGCUGUGCACCCCACAAGCAUUUGUGUAGUAAACCAGAAUUAUCUUCCACAUCAACAUCUGAUAGUCAUUUCUGUGGAAAGAAAGAUGUUAGGAGUAGGUUUAUGUCUCAUGUCUGUGCCUCUGGAUGGGGGGUGUCUAGAGGACAUGCUUUUAAAGCAAUUGCUCACCUCAAGAGAACAGCUUUCUUUAAAAAGCCCAGGAUUCUAGGCAGAUUAAAGUAUAAAAUGACCCCUCAGAUGGGGACCCCCUCACCAGGGAAGGGGAGCUUGACAGACGGAAGGAUUAAACCUGAUCAGGAUGAUGAUACUGAAAUCAAACUAAGCAUCAAACAAGAGAACACGGAUGUAUUUCUGUUGGGAAGCAAGGACACUGUUACACAGGAGGAUUUGGAAGUAUUUAAGCAGGCCCGAGAGCUUUCCCUGGAGAAAAUUGGGUGUAAAAAUACUGGUGAAACAAGUGGGCGAUACCCUUCAGUGAUUGAGUUUGGAAAAUAUGAGAUCCAGACCUGGUACUCUUCACCUUACCCACAGGAAUAUGCAAGAUUACCAAAGCUUUACCUGUGUGAAUUCUGUCUUAAAUACAUGAAAAGUAAAAACAUUUUGUUAAGGCACUCAGAGAAAUGUGGCUGGUUUCAUCCUCCAGCCAAUGAAAUCUACAGAAGAAAUGACCUUUCAGUAUUUGAGGUUGAUGGAAAUGUGAGCAAAAUUUAUUGUCAGAAUCUUUGUUUGUUAGCUAAGCUCUUUCUGGACCACAAAACCUUGUAUUAUGAUGUUGAACCAUUCCUCUUCUAUGUCCUUACAAAAAAUGAUGAGAAAGGCUGCCAUUUAGUUGGAUAUUUCUCUAAGGAAAAGCUUUGCCAGCAGAAGUACAAUGUCUCCUGCAUAAUGAUCAUGCCCCAAUACCAAAGGCAAGGAUUUGGAAGGUUUCUCAUUGAUUUCAGUUAUUUACUUUCUAGAAGAGAGGGUCAAGCAGGAUCCCCUGAGAAGCCAUUGUCUGAUCUGGGUCGUCUCUCCUACUUGGCUUAUUGGAAAAGUGUCAUAUUGGAAUACCUGAACUGCCACCACGAAAAACAAAUCAGCAUCAAAGGAAUGAGCCGAGCUACUGGAAUGUGUCCACAUGAUAUUGCCACAACCCUGCAGCAGCACAGCAUGAUAGAUAAAAGGGAAGAUAGAUUUGUAAUUAUUAGACGGGAAAAGCUGAUUUCAAGUCACAUGGAGAAACUGAAAGCGAAUCCACGUAUCAAUGAAGUAGAUCCUGAAAGCUUGAGAUGGACUCCUUUGUUAGUUUCUAAUGCUGCAGUUUCUGAAGAAGAGAGGGAAGCAGAAAAGGAGGCUGAGCGUCUUAUGGAACAAGCUAGCUGCUGGGAGAAGGAAGAGCAAGAAAUAUUCUCCACAAGAACUAGUAGUAGGCAAUCACCUGCAAAAGUACAAUCUAAAAAUAAAUAUUUGCGAUCUCCAGAAAGUGUGGCAGUGGUGGGGGAGCGAGGGCAAUCCACAGAACAAUCUAAAGAAAGCAGUGAGGAGGAUGGAGGGGAUGAGAACCAACGGAGUUCGCCUCCCCGGCUGACAAAGCCCCAGUCCCUGGCCAUGAAAAGAAAGAGACCUUUCAUACUGAAGAAGAAAAGGGGCCGUAAACGCAGAAGGAUAAAUAGCAGUGUUACAACAGAGACAAUUUCUGAAACAACAGAGGUGUUGAAUGAGCCAUUUGACAACUCAGAUGAAGAGCGUCCCAUGCCACAGCUGGAACCCACCUGUGAGAUGGAUGGAGAAGAUGAUGACUUAAAGCCUGUGAUUAGGAAAGCUUUUGAGUAUCAACCUGGGCAGCAGAAACAGGAGGAAGAAGAGCAGAACAAGGAGGAGAAAGAUAUUAAUUGCUACAGGAGUGAUGAAAAUUGUACAGAUAAUACAGAGGAUGUAGCUGUGUUGGAAGAAAGCACUAAAGACAAUCUUGAACCUUUAAAGAGUAAGCAGGGUUGGCCCAAAGGAGUUAAACGUGGUCCAUCUAAAUGGAGGCAAAGCAAAGAAAGAAAACCUGGCUUUAAGCUUAAUUUAUACACUCCACCUGAGACUCCCAUGGAGCCUGACUAUCAGGUGCUAGUGGAAGAACAAAAAGAAGUAGCUGAAGACAAGCCCUGCUCAGUUCCUGCUGUUGCAGAGGAACCUAUUAAAGAACCUGUUGAAGCAUUACCACCACCAGAUGAUGAGGUGAAAGAAGUAGAACCUGAACCUCUGCAUCCACCCAGUGAACCCUUUGAAAAAGAAGAAAAUGAUACUGUGAAAGCUGGGGAUGAAGAAAGGAGCAUAGAAGAUGAUGGAAUCACUUCAAAAGAUCAAGAAAAAGACAAAGCAGAAGAAGUUUUUGUGCACAAAGAGGAGUCCGUGCAUUUGGAUGAUCAGGAGGAAGAGGAGGAGGAGGAUGAAGAACCUUCUCACAAUGAGGAUCAUGAUGCAGAUGAUGAAGAUGAUAGUCACAUGGGUUCAACAGAGGUGGAGAAAGAGGAAAUGCCUGGUGAGGCUUUCAAAGAAAUGCUGGAAACUCAGCAAUCUUUUUUAGACGUAAAUGUUCAAACUGGUAAUUCAAAUCAGGAGGAGUUAAUGGAUUGUGGGGUUGACCUUGCAGCUGAUGAGUGUGAAAGUGAGCAGAAAGAACUUGCUACAGAUUCAGAGCCAGUGCCUGAAUCUGAUGAUGAUAAUGCAGACAACAGCCAGGACCAAAAAGCUGGAGAAGAAUUACAUUCCAAUUUCAAGGGAGAGAGUACUGAGACCAUGGAGAUUGACUCCGAGACAGUUCAGGCAGUACAGUCUCUAACCCAAGAAACAAGUGAGCAUGAAGAUACGUUUCAGGACUGUGCAGAGACUCAAGAGGCCUGUAGAAGUUUGCAGAACUAUGCCCACAAUGACCAAAGUCCCCAGAUGACCACACUGGACGACUGUCAGCAGUCUGACCACAGCAGCCCAGUCUCAUCUGUGCACUCUCAUCCUAGCCAGUCAGUUCGUUCUGUCAGUAGUCCAAAUGUCGCUCCUCUAGAGAGCAGCUAUGCGCAGAUCAGCCCAGAUCAAAGUGCCAUUUCUGUGCCGUCUCUGCAGAACAUGGAGACCAGCCCAAUGAUGGAUGUUCCCUCCGUUUCUGAUCAUUCGCAGCAAGUUGUGGAUAGUGGGUUUAGUGACUUAGGAAGUAUUGAGAGCACAACAGAGAACUAUGAAAACCCAAGCAGUUACGAUUCUACAAUGGGCAGUAGUAUCUGUGGAAACAACUCUUCUCAAAACAGUUGCUCGUACAGCAGCCUUACGUCUAGCAACCUAACACAGAGUAGCUGUGCAGUCACUCAGCAGAUGUCUAACAUUAAUGGAAGCUGCAGUAUGAUGCAACAAGCAAACAUCAAUUCUCCUCCCACUUGUAAUGUGAAAUCUCCCCAAGGUUGUGUUGUUGAAAGGCCUCCAAGCAGCAACCAACAGUUAUCCCAGUGCAGCAUGGCUGCUAAUUUCACACCACCUAUGCAGUUGACUGAAAUCCCUGAGACUAGCAAUGCCAACAUUGGAUUAUAUGAAAGAAUGGGGCAGAGUGAAUUUGGAGCAGGGCAUUACUCACAGCCAUCUGCCACCUUCAGCCUUGCUAAACUGCAACAGUUAACUAAUACGCUUAUGGAUCAUUCUUUGCCUUACAGCCAUUCAGCUGCUGUAACUUCCUAUGCAAACAGUGCCUCUUUGUCUGCCCCCUUAAGUAACACAGGGCUUGUUCAGCUUUCUCAGUCUCCACAUGCUGUUCCUGGAGGACCCCAAGCACAGGCUACCAUGACCCCUCCCCCCAACCUUACUCCUCCUCCCAUGAAUCUGCCACCUCCCCUUUUGCAGCGUAAUAUGACUUCAUCGAAUAUUGGAAUAUCCCACACCCAAAGACUGCAGACUCAGAUGGCCAGCAAAGGUCACGUCUCUGUGAGAACCAAAUCCACGCCUCUGCCGCCUGCUGCUGCAGCCCACCAGCCACAAAUUUAUGGGCGAGCUUCACAGACUGUGGCCAUGCAAGGGCCUGCACGGACCUUAACAAUGCAGCGUGGCAUGAACAUGAGUGUAAAUUUGAUGCCAGCCCCUGCUUAUAAUGUCAAUUCAGUUAACAUGAAUAUGAACACCCUUAACGCUAUGAAUGGUUACAGUAUGUCCCAGCCAAUGAUGAAUAGUGGCUAUCACAGUAAUCAUGGGUAUAUGAAUCAAACCCCCCAGUACCCUAUGCAGAUGCAGAUGGGAAUGAUGGGAACUCAGCCAUAUGCACAGCAGCCAAUGCAGACAGCACCCCACAGUAACAUGAUGUACACUCCUCCGGGCCACCACGGCUACAUGAACACAGGCAUGUCCAAGCAGUCUCUCAAUGGAUCCUACAUGAGAAGGUAGGCCCUGGGAGAGACACGCUACCAAACUGGCAUAUGGCAUUGAUCUGCACAAAUACCUUUGGAGAGUACGAUUUCAAAACCAGCAAUUGGUGUGAAUGCAAAAACAUUUGUUGGCACCAUUUAAAAGCUGUAUGCAGCAGAAAGCCUUAUACAAGUUUUUCUUUAUUUCUUGCUUUGUUGGUUUUUUCUUUUUUUUUUUUUUUUUUGUUUUUUUUUUUUUUGUUUUGUUCUGUUUUGGGGUUUUUUGUUUAUUUUUUUAACAUUGUGAGAUUUAACUUCUCUUUGGGGGGAAUUAGGUGGUUUUCCAUUUUUUGUUUAUUUCAUUGAGCUUGAAGUUCUCUGGAAAGGAAGAACUCUUUCUAUGAACUGCAAUUACACAGCAGCUGAUGGUUCAGAGCCAUUUUAUGUGCCUGCUCCCAUUAAAAAUGUGGAUAAAUAGACUCCAAAACUAUCAGACAGUACUGGAUCAUGAGCUUUUUCUCUCUCCUUUCCCUACAUGUAAAUGCCUUUUAGCAGUUCUUUUAUUGUAUUAUUUUGUUUCUGAAGGUGACACUUCUGCAUGCCGCUAAUGUCUUUGUUAGUGACAGUGCAUUUUGUAGUACUGUACAAGUGUUGUGCUUAACAGUAAGCCAUUUCUUAAUUUUUUUGCCUUGAUUAGGUUACCCUAGUUUGAGGGGUAAAAAAACCAGAACUAUAUUUUUGUUAAUUAUAAAACUUGUAAAAAUAAUAAAAAAAGCUGCAAAAGCUAUUCACAUUUUGGUUAGUUCAAAGGGUUUUAUUGCUGUAUGUUUAGUGUAAAGUUGAGACUCUUUUCCAUUUUUGUGACCAGUUUCUUUGGGGCUGGGUAGGAAAAAAGGCAGCUUUCUGUUUUAUAAAAAUUUAGACUUUUUUUGUUGAUUGAAACAUCUCAGUGUUUAUUUGUCAAGUUUUGAAACAUUUUCGUAUAUGUCCAAAUACUUGGCAGGAUUAAAAAAAAAAAGUAGUGAAUUUGGUGUAAAGUUGCUAUUUUAUGGAAAUGCCUCUAACUUUACAUUUUCAUUCCAUCUGUAGAUUUUUCUAUCUUUAUAAAAUAUUGGAGUUAUUUUUUAAGGGAAAAAAUAGAGCAGUAGCGUGUGAAUAGCUCAAACUAAGCUUACAGAUCGCAUGUAAAAAGGCAAAAGUUAUUUGUGUCUGUUUAUAUUGCUUCCUUUUUUGUAGCCUUUGUACCUGUACAGAGUGACUGUAAGGGCCGAAGAGAAGAGGCUUGAUACAUGUAAAAAUAGGACCCAGUGACACUCUUGUAUUUAUCUGUUAUCUUUUUAGUCAGUCACUUAAAAAAUACCCACAAAAGACCCACCCAAGCAACAAAAAUAAAAACUGCAAAAAACUACAACCCCCCCCCAAGCUGUACAUUUUAACAUAAAAUAAAUUAUGAUGAGCCA